AUGAGACUAGAGCUAGAAGAAUAUAUUAUUAUGGAGAUGGAAGCACACCCCUUCCUGUUUGACUGCAGCAUCAGCGAGAACAUUGCCUACGGAGACAACAGCUGGAUGGUGUCAAAGGAAGAGAUUGUGCGGGCCGCCAAGGAGGCCAACAUCCACCACUUCAUUGAGACGUUGCCUGACAAAUAUAACAUCAGAGUAGGCGACAAAGGAACCCAGCUCUCCGGCGGCCAGAAGCAGCGCAUUGCCAUCGCACGUGCUCUGGUGAGACAGCCACGCAUUUUGCUUCUGGACGAAGCCACAUCAGCUCUGGACACAGAGAGUGAAAAGGUUGUCCAAGAAGCCCUGGACAAAGCCAGAGAAGGCCGCACCUGCAUUGUGAUCGCUCAACGCCUGUCCACCAUCCAGAACGCAGACCUGAUAGUGGUGUUUCAGAACGGCAAGAUCAGGGAGCACGGCACCCAUCAGCAGCUGCUUGCACAGAAGGGCAUCUACUUCUCCAUGGUCAGCGUCCAAGCUGGGGCCAAGCGCUCGUGAACUGUGACCAGAUAAGCUGUUAAAUAUUUUCUAAUGUUUGUGUUAAAAUAUGGCAUUUAGUCAAAGUUAAAAAGUGAGCACUUUACUGGAAACACUAUGUAGAGCGACCUGUUUCAUAUUUCCUGACAUGAGAUCAUCCCAUCAAGUUCAGAGUCUUGAAAGACUUUAUAGUGGAAGGAACCAGAAGAAACAUCAUCAGAUGGAAUAAAAUGAUGUUUUUAAUUGCAUUAGAAGUUUAUAUAAUAAUUCAAAGUAGAUUUUGUUAAUAAAAUGUGUAACUUUCAUGUAUAUUUUCUUAUUUGGACUGUAACUGACUGCCUUGCUAAAAGUACUAUAGAAGAAGCAAUAAGUACUGAAUGUUUGCAUAAAGCGCCUAUAAUAAAACUAAACUUUU